AUGAACAACAAGCUCCACGUCUGGCUUGACGAGAAACCACAUUCGGUUGAGGGCCAUACUGCGCAAUGCACCCUCUUUUUCAAAGAUAGGCAGGUCUGGGGCCCUGUCAGUUGUCACAACAAUACAAAACAGCUCAGCGAUGCGAUUCAGAAAGCAGACGACCGCUUCGCCCUUACAGUUGAGCCGAAGAGCAAAUCAAUCGAAGGCCAUACACGCUAUAUCAGCGUCAAGUCUCACGGCACAGUUCUUCUGGAUAAAUUAUCUACUCAUGAUAACAUGAAGGGGCUGGUUACCGCUAUUGAAGCUAUUCUAGCUGCUCUAGGCUAG